AUUCGUUUAGUGCCACCCAAAGUAAACAGUAGUUAAGUUAAAAUGUGGAAAUUCAAAGUUUUAUUGUUGACCAGUGCCAUCUUCGUGAUUUGCGAAUCUUCAGCCAUACUUAAAAAGGUAAAUAAGAAGUGCAGCAUAAAUGACAACGAUUGUCUGAAAGAUGUAUAUUCUGCAGUAUUAGCAGAUUUAGCGGACAAUGGUGCCCCAGCAAUGAAUAUUCCUAUAUUAGAUCCUUACGCUAUAAAGAAUAAACAAAUUGAAGUCCUUGGUAUGAUUAAAGCGACGAUGGUCGAAGGCUAUGGAAAAGGUUUUAAGACCUGUCAAUUAACUGGGUUCAGCAACAACUUACAAACACAGCGCGUUUACGUAGAAAUGGUAUGUGAACCAUUUGCUGUCGAAGGAAAUUACAAGAUUGAAGCUACUCCUACACUCUCGGCACUUAUUGGAGGUAUCAAAGUUUAUGGUCAAGGAAAAGGUGGUCUCGCCAUUGGGAAACUAAAACUGAAAUUAGAUUUAGCUUAUGAAGUGAAGAAACUUGAUGGUGACCUCCAUUUCCUGGUAAAUCCUGAAGACUCCACAUAUACAUAUGAAGUACUGGAUAAAAUAACAUUCUCUGGUGACAGUUUAUUCAUUGGAAAACAGGAUAUUAGUUCUGUAGCAGUGAACAUCGGCAACGAAAACUGGGAAUUCAUCGCCAAGUCUUUCGGAAAACCUAUCCUAGAUAAGGUUCUGGAAGUUUUCUAUGUGAACUGUAAUAAGUUUUUCAGCAAAGUUCCUAUUAAAGAAUGGAUCACUGACGACUUAUCAUCAUACGUUAAGAGCUAAGAUGUCCUGACGGCAAUCUGUAUCCAAAGGGUAUAAAAUCUAAUAGUUUCAAUCCAGCAAUGUAAAACUCACUAAAAUGUUUGAAGAAAAACGUAAAAUAAAUGAUAUCAAAUUAAA